AGUCGCGUUUAUUUUGGACACUUUUGUUUGUUGAUAAAAUAAACGAUUAUAUUGACUGACUGACACACACACAAAUUAAUAAUUAUGGAAGAUGUGCAGAAGCAUAGCGUGCACACGCUUAUUUUUCGCUCGCUGAAGCGUACACACGACCUGUUUGUGUCGAACCAGGGCAACUUGCCGGACAUCGAUGAGCGUCUCGAGAAACUGAGGCGCUCGAUUAAAGCGCGAGACACAUAUGGCUUGGUGCUUGAUCGCGCCAUCAAAUCAAUGGACGCCAAAAAGCUGGCCGGUGACAAGAUGCUGGCCAUCACAGAUGGCAACCCCGCCGCCUUGGCCAGCAUAUCCGCCAUGGAAGCUGGUGGCAAUUUGGUGCGUUACAAUCGCGAGAAGGCCGGUCUCAAUAACAGCACUUCGCUGGUGCGCGCCUCGAUGCCCAACAACAGCAAUGGUGGCGUUGGCGGCGGCGUCGGCAGUGGUGCCAGCAAUGUGCAGCUGAUACCAAAGAAGGCACCAACGAUACCGAAGCCCAAGUGGCAUGCACCAUGGAAGCUAUCGCGCGUCAUCUCUGGCCAUUUGGGCUGGGUACGCUGCAUUGCCGUUGAACCGGGCAACGAAUGGUUUGCCACCGGCGCCGGCGAUCGUGUCAUCAAGAUUUGGGAUUUGGCCAGCGGCAAAUUAAAGCUAUCGCUGACCGGCCAUGUGAGCACCGUGCGCGGUGUUGCUGUCAGUGCCAAGCAUCCGUAUCUGUUCAGUUGUGGCGAGGAUCGUCAGGUGAAAUGCUGGGAUCUCGAAUACAACAAGGUCAUACGACAUUAUCAUGGCCAUCUGUCCGCCGUCUACUCACUGGCACUGCAUCCGACCAUCGAUGUACUGGCCACCUCUGGACGCGAUUCGACGGCACGCAUCUGGGACAUGCGAACCAAGGCGAACGUCCACACAUUGACGGGCCACACGAACACCGUGGCCAGUGUUGUGGCGCAGGCAACCAAUCCACAGAUUAUAACCGGUUCGCAUGACUCCACCGUUCGUCUGUGGGAUCUGGCUGCCGGCAAGAGCGUUUGCACGCUAACCAAUCACAAGAAGUCGGUGCGCAGCAUCGUUCUGCAUCCAUCGCUGUACAUGUUCGCGUCCGCAUCGCCGGACAACAUCAAACAGUGGCGCUGUCCCGAGGGCAACUUUGUGCAGAACAUUUCGGGCCACACGGCCAUUGUCAACUGCAUGGCGGCCAAUACGGAUGGUGUGCUUGUCUCUGGCGGCGACAACGGCACCAUGUUCUUUUGGGAUUGGCGCACUGGCUACAAUUUUCAGCGCUUCCAGGCGCCUGUCCAGCCCGGCUCCAUGGACAGCGAGGCGGGCAUUUUUGCCAUGUGCUUCGAUCAAUCGGGCACACGUCUCAUCACUGCCGAGGCGGACAAAACCAUUAAGGUGUACAAGGAGGAUGAUGAGGCCAGCGAGGAGACGCAUCCGAUCAACUGGCGGCCGGAGCUGCUCAAGCGUCGUAAAUUCUAAGAUCUUCCUAGUUUCUAUAUACGUAUAAUUUUUUUUCACAUAGCUUAAUCAAGUGUAAAAUAAAUUACGAUCCAGCUUUUA